UCGAUCGGAAAGCCUCCUGAAAUUUCUGUUGAUUUAUUGAUAUGAUGAACAGUCAAGACAAAUUAACUGCUCAAAAGUAUGUGUGUGUAUAUAUAUAUACAUAUAUAUAUAUGUAUAUAUACAUAUAUAUACUUGUUUGAUUAAUUUUUAUAUCGCACAGUAAAAUUAGAGUAUCAUUCCAUUGAAGAAAAGCAAGGAUAACAGUCGAACAUACGAACUUUCGGUGAAUGCUUUCAUUUCGUCUUUUCGUUCUCGUGUAUCAUCAAAUCAAAUAUUACGAUGUGGAGGAUCAUCUGCCUUAUAAUUACUUUUCUAACGGUCGGUUAUGGUUCUCCUAAUUCAUCUGACAAUACGUCUAAAGCUUUUCCAUUGGAACACGAACUUGAAAAAGAACAAAAUUUCUUAUUCCACCUGUUUACAUGCGAGGAAGUGGGUAACUUUCCUCAUCCUAUCAAUUGCAAAUUGUUCUAUGAGUGUGCUUUAUACAAACAUGGGCGUUACCGUCGUUUCCUUCAUAAAUGCAAAAUAGGACUUGUCUUCUCAACAGAUUUAGGCAAAUGUACUUUUCCUAACGAAAGUGGAAGACCAGAAUGCGGUGGUAAGACAAUCGUAACGACAACAUCGCCGCCUACAAAUAAUGUUCCAUCUAAAAUAACUAAAGUAUCCUCCUACCGAACUAGUACAACGAGUGCACACAAAACUGAAAUAGAUGUAAAAACUACUACCUCAAGUGGACUGAUCAUGCCAACAAAAGUAGAGUGUAUUAAAGAAGGUUUCAUAGAACAUCCUACAGACUGUGCAAAAUAUUACAUGUGUCUUGCGCGAGUCAAUAAUACAUUUGAAGUCUUUGCAAUGACAUGCAAAGAUGGGACAAUAUGGGAUCGAGAAAAGCAAAUCUGUAAUUAUCCUGAGGAAAUACGGAACCCCCGUUGUGGUCCAUAUACUACAGAUAAACCAAUAAACACAAGUACUGAAAAUAUUAUCGAGACAACGGAGCAUUCUACACGAAAUCUAAUAACUGAAAUUCUCACCUCUACGUCGGAUGAACAAUCGACCCUGAUAACUUCAACGAUAAAACCAUCCACAUUUACAUCAGAAACAAAUACAGGAACGACUGUUGAGGCGUCUACAAAAUUAACACAUACAACAAGGUCUGGAAUUGCCACUGAAACCCAACAAUCCUCGACGACAACCCAUGACAAACAGACAGUUGCUCCUUCGUCAGUUGAACCCACUACAGAUCUGUUGUUAAGUACAAAUACAUCACCUAGCACUAUCACAGAUCAGGUUUCUACACUUACAUCAGAAACAGAUACAGGAGCGUCGUCAUCCGUUGAAGCGUCUACAGAAUUGACAGAUGAAACCAGCUCUGGAACUGUCAAAGAGACACAACAAUCCUCAACGGCUACCAGUGACAAAGAAACAGUUACGCCUCCGUCGGUUAAACCUAACACUGAUCUGCUGGUGAGUACAAUAACAUCACCUAGCACUGUCACAGACGAGGCUUCUACACUUACAUCAGAAACAGAAUCAGUAGCGUCGUCAUCCGUUGAGGAAUCUACAGAAUUAACUGGUGAAACAAGCUCUAGAACUGACACUGAAACUCAACAAUCCUCGACAUCUAACACUGAGAAAGAAACAGUUACUCCUUCGUCCAUGGAAACUACCACUGAUCUUUUGUUAAGUACAAAUACGUCACCUAGCACGGUUACAGAAGAGGCUUCUACACUUACAUCAAAAACAGAAACAGGCGCCUCGUCAUCCGUUGAGGCGUCUACACAAUUGACAGAUGGAACAAGCCCUGGAACUGUCACAGAGACACAACAAUCCCCAACGACUACAACUGACAAAGAAACAGUUACGCCUUCGUCGGUUAAACCUAACACUGAUCUGCUGUUAAGUACAAUUACAUCACCUAGCAUGGUUACAGAUGAAGCUUCUACAUUUACAUCAGAAACAGAAACAGUAGCGUCGUCAUCCGUUGAAGCGUCUACAGAAUCGAUAGAAGGAACAAGCCCUGGAACUGUCACAGAGACACAACAGUCCUCGACGACCGCAACUGACAAAGAGACAGAUGCUCCUUCUUCGGUUAAACCAACCACCGAUCUAUUGAUAAGUACAAAUACGUCUCCUAGCACUGUUACAGUUGAGGCUUCUACACUUACAUCAAAAACAGAAACUGGACUGUCGUCAUCUGUUGAGGUAUCUACAGAAUUAACUGAUGAAACAAGCUCUAGAACUGUCACUGAAACUCAACAAUCCUCGACAUCUAACACUGAGAAAGAAACAGUAACUCCUUCGUCUAUGGAAACUACCACUGAUCUGUUAUUAAGUACAAAUACGUCACCUAGCACAGUUACAGAUGAGACUUCUACACUUACAACAGAAACAGAAACAGGAGCGUCGUCAUCCGUUGAGGUAUCUACAGAAUUAACAGGAGAAACAAGCUCUGGAACUGUCACUGAAACUCAACAAUCCUCGACAUCUAACACUGAGAAAGAAACAGUUACGCCUUCGUCGGUUAAACCUAACACUGAUCUGCUGUUAAGUACAAUUACAUCACCUAGCACUGUCACAGACGAGGUUUCUACACUUACAUCAGAAACAGAAACAGGAGCGUCGUCAUCCGUUGAGGCGUCUACAGAAAUAAUAGGUGAAACAAGCUCUAGUACGGUCACAAAUAAUCAACCGUCCUCGACGACCGCAACUGACAAAGAGACAGAUGCUCCUUCUUCGGUUAAAUCAACCACCGAUCUAUUGAUAAGUACAAAUACGUCUCCUAGCACUGUUACAGUUGAGGCUUCUACACUUACAUCAAAAACAGAAACAGGAGCGUCGUCAUCUGUUGAGGUAUCAACAGAAAUAAUAGGUGAAACAAGCUCUAGUACGGUCACAAAUAAUCAACAGUCCUCGACGACCGCAACUGACAAAGAGACAGAUGCUCCUUCUUCGGUUAAACCAACCACCGAUCUAUUGAUAAGUACAAAUACGUCUCCUAGCACUGUUACAGUUGAGGCUUCUACACUUACAUCAAAAACAGAAACAGGACUGUCGUCAUCUGUUGAGGUAUCUACAGAAUUAACAGGAGAAACAAGCUCUGGAACUGUCACUGAAACUCAACAAUCCUCGACAUCUAACACUGAGAAAGAAACAGUAACUCCUUCGUCUAUGGAAACUACCACUGAUCUGUUAUUAAGUACAAAUACGUCACCUAGCACGGUUACAGAUGAGACUUCUACACUUACAUCAGAAACAGAAACAGGAGCGUCGUCAUCCGUUAAGGUAUCUACAGAAUUAACAGGAGAAACAAGCUCUGGAACUGUCACUGAAACUCAACAAUCCUCGACAUCUAACACUGAGAAAGAAACAGUUACGCCUUCGUCGGUUAAACCUAACACUGAUCUGCUGUUAAGUACAAUUACAUCACCUAGCACUGUCACAGACGAGGUUUCUACACUUACAUCAGAAACAGAAACAGGAGCGUCGUCAUCCGUUGAGGCGUCUACAGAAAUAAUAGGUGAAACAAGAUCUAGUACGGUCACAAAUAAUCAACCGUCCUCGACGACCGCAACUGACAAAGAGACAGAUGCUCCUUCUUCGGUUAAAUCAACCACCGAUCUAUUGAUAAGUACAAAUACGUCUCCUAGCACUGUUACAGUUGAGGCUUCUACACUUACAUCAAAAACAGAAACAGGACUGUCGUCAUCUGUUGAGGUAUCUACAGAAUUAACUGAUGAAACAAGCUCUAGAACUGUCACUGAAACUCAACAAUCCUCGACAUCUAACACUGAGAAAGAAACAGUAACUCCUUCGUCUAUGGAAACUACCACUGAUCUGUUAUUAAGUACAAAUACUUCACCUAGCACAGUUACAGAUGAGACUUCUACACUUACAUCAGAAACAGAAACAGGAGCGUCGACAUCCGUUGAGGUAUCUACAGAAUUAACAGGAGAAACAAGCUCUGGAACUGUCACUGAAACUCAACAAUCCUCGACAUCUAACACUGAGAAAGAAACAGUUACGCCUUCGUCUAUGGAAACUACCACUGAUCUGUUAUUAAGUACAAAUACGUCACCUAACACAGUUACAGAUGAGACUUCUACACUUACAUCAGAAACAGAAACAGGAGCGUCGUCAUCCGUUGAGGUAUCUACAGAAUUAACAGGAGAAACAAGCUCUGGAACUGUCACUGAAACUCAACAAUCCUCGACAUCUAACACUGAGAAAGAAACAGUUACGCCUUCGUCGGUUAAACCAACCACUGAUCUGUUAUUAAGUACAAAUACUUCACCUAGCACAGUUACAGAUGAGACUUCUACACUUACAUCAGAAACAGAAACAGGAGCGUCGACAUCCGUUGAGGUAUCUACAGAAUUAACAGGAGAAACAAGCUCUGGAACUGUCACUGAAACUCAACAAUCCUCGACAUCUAACACUGAGAAAGAAACAGUUACGCCUUCGUCUAUGGAAACUACCACUGAUCCGUUAUUAAGUACAAAUACGUCACCUAACACAGUUACAGAUGAGACUUCUACACUUACAUCAGAAACAGAAACAGGAGCGUCGUCAUCCGUUGAGGUAUCUACAGAAUUAACAGGAGAAACAAGCUCUGGAACUGUCACUGAAACUCAACAAUCCUCGACAUCUAACACUGAGAAAGAAACAGUUACGCCUUCGUCGGUUAAACCAACCACUGAUCUAUUGAUAAGUACAAAUACGUCACCUAGCACUGUUACAGUUGAGGCUUCUACAUUUACAUCAAAAACAGAAACAGUAGCGUCGUCAUCUGUUGAGGUAUCUACAGAAUUAACAGGGGAAGCAAGCUCUGGAACUGUCACUGAAACUCAACAAUCCUCGACAUCUAAAACUGAGAAAGAAACAGUUACUCCUUCGUCCAUGGAAACCACCACUGAUCUGUUGUUAAGUACAAAUACGUCACCUAGCACGGUUACAGAUGAAGCUUCUACACUUACAUCAGAAACAGAAACAGUAGCGUCGUCAUCCGUUGAGGUAUCUACAGAAUUAACAGGUGAAGCAAGCUCUGGAACUGUCACUGAAACUCAACAAUCCUCGACAUCUAACACUGAGAAAGAAACAGUUACUCCUUCGUCCAUGGAAACCACCACUGAUCUGUUGUUAAGUACAAAUACGUCACCUAGCACGGUUACACAAGAGGAUUCUAUACGUACAUCAGAAAGAGAAACAGGAGGGUCGUCUUCCGUUGAGGCGUCCACACAAUUGACAGAUGAAACAAGCCCUGGAACUGUCACAGAGACACAACAAUCCUCUACGACUACAACUGACAAAGAAACAGUUACGCCUUCGUCGGUUAAACCUAACACUGAUCUGCUGUUAAGUACAAUUACAUCACCUAGCAUGGUUACAGAUGAAGCUUCUACAUUUACAUCAGAAACAGAAACAGUAGCGUCGUCAUCCGUUGAAGCGUCUACAGAAUCGAUAGAAGGAACAAGCCCUGGAACUGUCACAGAGACACAACAGUCCUCGACGACCGCAACUGACAAAGAGACAGAUGCUCCUUCUUCGGUUAAACCAACCACCGAUCUAUUGAUAAGUACAAAUACGUCUCCUAGCACUGUUACAGUUGAGGCUUCUACACUUACAUCAAAAACAGAAACUGGACUGUCGUCAUCUGUUGAGGUAUCUACAGAAUUAACUGAUGAAACAAGCUCUAGAACUGUCACUGAAACUCAACAAUCCUCGACAUCUAACACUGAGAAAGAAACAGUAACUCCUUCGUCUAUGGAAACUACCACUGAUCUGUUAUUAAGUACAAAUACGUCACCUAGCACAGUUACAGAUGAGACUUCUACACUUACAUCAGAAACAGAAACAGGAGCGUCGUCAUCCGUUGAGGUAUCUACAGAAUUAACAGGAGAAACAAGCUCUGGAACUGUCACUGAAACUCAACAAUCCUCGACAUCUAACACUGAGAAAGAAACAGUUACGCCUUCGUCGGUUAAACCUAACACUGAUCUGCUGUUAAGUACAAUUACAUCACCUAGCACUGUCACAGACGAGGUUUCUACACUUACAUCAGAAACAGAAACAGGAGCGUCGUCAUCCGUUGAGGCGUCUACAGAAAUAAUAGGUGAAACAAGCUCUAGUACGGUCACAAAUAAUCAACCGUCCUCGACGACCGCAACUGACAAAGAGACAGAUGCUCCUUCUUCGGUUAAAUCAACCACCGAUCUAUUGAUAAGUACAAAUACGUCUCCUAGCACUGUUACAGUUGAGGCUUCUACACUUACAUCAAAAACAGAAACAGGACUGUCGUCAUCUGUUGAGGUAUCAACAGAAAUAAUAGGUGAAACAAGCUCUAGUACGGUCACAAAUAAUCAACAAUCCUCGACGUCUAACACUGAGAAAGAAACAGUAACUCCUUCGUCUAUGGAAACUACCACUGAUAUGUUAUUAAGUACAAAUACGUCACCUAACACAGUUACAGAUGAGACUUCUACACUUACAUCAGAAACAGAAACAGGAGCGUCGUCAUCCGUUGAGGUAUCUACAGAAUUAACAGGAGAAACAAGCUCUGGAACUGUCACUGAAACUCAACAAUCCUCGACAUCUAACACUGAGAAAGAAACAGUUACGCCUUCGUCGGUUAAACCAACCACUGAUCUAUUGAUAAGUACAAAUACGUCACCUAGCACUGUUACAGUUGAGGCUUCUACAUUUACAUCAAAAACAGAAACAGUAGCGUCGUCAUCUGUUGAGGUAUCUACAGAAUUAACAGGGGAAGCAAGCUCUGGAACUGUCACUGAAACUCAACAAUCCUCGACAUCUAAAACUGAGAAAGAAACAGUUACUCCUUCGUCCAUGGAAACCACCACUGAUCUGUUGUUAAGUACCAAUACGUCACCCAGCACGGUUACACAAGAGGAUUCUACACGUACAUCAGAAAGAGAAACAGGAGCGUCGUCAUCCGUUGAGGCGUCUACACAAUUGACAGAUGAAACAGGCUCUAAUACGGUCACAAAUAAUCAACAGUCCUCGACGACCGCAACUGACAAAGAGACAGAUGCUCCUUCAUCAGUUAAACCAACCACCGAUCUAUUGAUAAGUACAAAUACGUCUCCUAGCACUGUUACAGUUGAGGCUUCUACACUUACAUCAAAAACAGAAACAGGACUGUCGUCAUCUGUUGAGGUAUCUACAGAAUUAACUGAUGAAACAAGCUCUAGAACUGUCACUGAAACUCAACAAUCCUCGACGUCUAACACUGAGAAAGAAACAGUAACUCCUUCGUCUAUGGAAACUACCACUGAUAUGUUAUUAAGUACAAAUACGUCACCUAACACAGUUACAGAUGAGACUUCUACACUUACAUCAGAAACAGAAACAGGAGCGUCGUCAUCCGUUGAGGUAUCUACAGAAUUAACAGGAGAAACAAGCUCUGGAACUGUCACUGAAACUCAACAAUCCUCGACAUCUAAAACUGAGAAAGAAACAGUUACUCCUUCGUCCAUGGAAACCACCACUGAUCUGUUGUUAAGUACAAAUACGUCACCUAGCACGGUUACAGAUGAAGCUUCUACACUUACAUCAGAAACAGAAACAGUAGCGUCGUCAUCCGUUGAGGCAUCUACAGAAUUAACAGGUGAAACAAGCUCUGGAACUGUCACUGAAACUCAACAAUCCUCGACAUCUGACACUGAGAAAGAAACAGAUACGCCUUCGUCGGUUAAACCUAACACUGAUCUGCUGUUAAGUACAAUUACAUCACCUAGCACUGUCACACACGAGGUUUCUACACUUACAUCAGAAACAGAAACAGGAGCGUCGUCAUCCGUUGAGGCGUCUACAGAAUUAACAGGUGAAACAAGCUCUAGUACGGUCACAAAUAAUCAACAGUCCUCGACGACCGCAGCUGACAAAGAGACAGAUGCUCAUUCCUCGGUUAAACCAACCACCGAUCUAUUGAUAAGUACAAAUACGUCACCUAGCAUGGUUACAGAUGAGGCUUCUACACUUACAUCAGAAACAGAAACAGUAGCGUCGUCAUCCGUUGAGGUAUCUACAGAAUUAACAGGUGAAACAAGCUCUGGAACUGUCACUGAAACUCAACAAUCCUCGACCUCUGACACUGAGAAAGAAACAGUUACGCCUUCGUCGGUUAAACCUAACCCUGAUCUGCUGUUAAGUACAAUUACAUCACCUAGCACUGUCACAGACGAGGUUUCUACACUUACAUCAGAAACAGAAACAGGAGCGUCGUCAUCCGUUGAGGCGUCUACAGAAAUAAUAGGUGAAACAAGCUCUAGUACGGUCACAAAUAAUCAACAGUCCUCGACGACCGCAACUGACAAAGAGACAGAUGCUCCUUCUUCGGUUAAACCAACCACCGAUCUAUUGAUAAGUACAAAUACGUCUCCUAGCACUGUUACAGUUGAGGCUUCUACACUUACAUCAAAAACAGAAACAGGACUGUCGUCAUCUGUUGAGGUAUCUACAGAAUUAACUGAUGAAACAAGCUCUAGAACUGUCACUGAAACUCAACAAUCCUCGACGUCUAACACUGAGAAAGAAACAGUAACUCCUUCGUCUAUGGAAACUACCACUGAUAUGUUAUUAAGUACAAAUACGUCACCUAACACAGUAACAGAUGAGACUUCUACACUUACAUCAGAAACAGAAACAGGAGCGUCGUCAUCCGUUGAGGUAUCUACAGAAUUAACAGGAGAAACAAGCUCUGGAACUGUCACUGAAACUCAACAAUCCUCGACAUCUAACACUGAGAAAGAAACAGUUACGCCUUCGUCGGUUAAACCAACCACUGAUCUAUUGAUAAGUACAAAUACGUCACCUAGCACUGUUACAGUUGAGGCUUCUACAUUUACAUCAAAAACAGAAACAGUAGCGUCGUCAUCUGUUGAGGUAUCUACAGAAUUAACAGGGGAAGCAAGCUCUGGAACUGUCACUGAAACUCAACAAUCCUCGACAUCUAAAACUGAGAAAGAAACAGUUACUCCUUCGUCCAUGGAAACCACCACUGAUCUGUUGUUAAGUACCAAUACGUCACCCAGCACGGUUACACAAGAGGAUUCUACACGUACAUCAGAAAGAGAAACAGGAGCGUCGUCAUCCGUUGAGGCGUCUACACAAUUGACAGAUGAAACAGGCUCUAAUACGGUCACAAAUAAUCAACAGUCCUCGACGACCGCAACUGACAAAGAGACAGAUGCUCCUUCAUCAGUUAAACCAACCACCGAUCUAUUGAUAAGUACAAAUACGUCACCUAGCACGGUUACAGAUGAGGCUUCUACACUUACAUCAGAAACAGAAACAGUAGCGUCGUCAUCCGUUGAGGUAUCUACAGAAUUAACAGGUGAAACAAGCUCUGGAACUGUCACUGAAACUCAACAAUCCUCGACAUCUGACACUGAGAAAGAAACAGUUACGCCUUCGUCGGUUAAACCUAACACUGAUCUGCUGUUAAGUACAAUUACAUCACCUAGCACUGUCACACACGAGGUUUCUACACUUACAUCAGAAACAGAAACAGGAGCGUCGUCAUCCGUUGAGGCGUCUACAGAAUUAACAGGUGAAACAAGCUCUAGUACGGUCACAAAUAAUCAACAGUCCUCGACGACCGCAACUGACAAAGAGACAGAUGCUCCGUCUUCGGUUAAACCAACCACCGAUCUAUUGAUAAGUACAAAUACGUCACCUAGCACUGUUACAGUUGGGGCUUCUACACUUACAUCAAAAACAGAAACAGAACUGUCGUCAUCUGUUGAGGUAUCUACAGAAUUAACAGGUGAAGCAAGCUCUGGAACUGUCACUGAAACUCAACAAUCCUCGACAUCUAACACUGAGAAAGAAACAAUUACUCCUUCGUCCAUGGUAACCACCACUGAUCUGUUGUUAAGUACAAAUACGUCACCUAGCACGGUUACACAAAAGGAUUCUAUACGUACAUCAGAAAGAGAAACAGGAGGGUCGUCAUCCGUUGAGGCGUCUACACAAUUGACAGAUGAAACAAGCUCUAGUACGGUCAUAAAUAAUCAACAGUCCUCGACGACCGCAACUGACAAAGAGACAGAUGCUCCUUCUUCGGUUAAACCAACCACCGAUCUGUUGAUAAGUACAAAUACGUCACCUGGCACUGUCACACAAGAGGCUUCUACACGUACAUCAGAAAGAGAAACAGGAGCGUCGUCAUCCGUUGAGGCGUCUACACAAUUGACAGAUGAAACAAGCUCUAGUUCGGUCACUGAAACUCAACAAUCCUCGACAUCUAACACUGAGAAAGAAACAGUUACUCCUUCGUCCAUGGAAACUACCACUGAUCUGUUAUUAAGUACAAAUACGUCACCUAGCACUGUUACAGAUGAGGCUUCUACACUUUCAUCAGAAACAGAAACAGUAGCGUCGUCAUCCGUUGAAGCGUCUACAGAAUCGACAGAUGGAACAAGCCCUGGAACUGUCACAGAGACACAACAAUCCUCAACGACUACAACUGACAAAGAAACAGUUACGCCUUCGUCGGUUAAACCUAACACUGAUCUGCUGUUAAGUACAAUUACAUCACCUAGCACUGUCACAGACGAGGCUUCUACACUUACAUCAGAAACAGAAACAGGAGCAUCGUCAUCCGUUGAGGUAUCUACAGAAUUAACAGGAGAAACAAGCUCUGGAACUGUCACUGAAACUCAACAAUCCUCGACAUCUAACACUGAGAAAGAAACAGUUACGCCUUCGUCGGUUAAACCAACCACUGAUCUAUUGAUAAGUACAAAUACGUCACCUAGCACUGUUACAGUUGAGGCUUCUACAUUUACAUCAAAAACAGAAACAGUAGCGUCGUCAUCUGUUGAGGUAUCUACAGAAUUAACAGGGGAAGCAAGCUCUGGAACUGUCACUGAAACUCAACAAUCCUCGACAUCUAAAACUGAGAAAGAAACAGUUACUCCUUCGUCCAUGGAAACCACCACUGAUCUGUUGUUAAGUACCAAUACGUCACCCAGCACGGUUACACAAGAGGAUUCUACACGUACAUCAGAAAGAGAAACAGGAGCGUCGUCAUCCGUUGAGGCGUCUACACAAUUGACAGAUGAAACAGGCUCUAAUACGGUCACAAAUAAUCAACAGUCCUCGACGACCGCAACUGACAAAGAGACAGAUGCUCCUUCAUCAGUUAAACCAACCACCGAUCUAUUGAUAAGUACAAAUACGUCACCUAGCACGGUUACAGAUGAGGCUUCUACACUUACAUCAGAAACAGAAACAGUAGCGUCGUCAUCCGUUGAGGUAUCUACAGAAUUAACAGGUGAAACAAGCUCUGGAACUGUCACUGAAACUCAACAAUCCUCGACAUCUGACACUGAGAAAGAAACAGUUACGCCUUCGUCGGUUAAACCUAACACUGAUCUGCUGUUAAGUACAAUUACAUCACCUAGCACUGUCACACACGAGGUUUCUACACUUACAUCAGAAACAGAAACAGGAGCGUCGUCAUCCGUUGAGGCGUCUACAGAAUUAACAGGUGAAACAAGCUCUAGUACGGUCACAAAUAAUCAACAGUCCUCGACGACCGCAACUGACAAAGAGACAGAUGCUCCGUCUUCGGUUAAACCAACCACCGAUCUAUUGAUAAGUACAAAUACGUCACCUAGCACUGUUACAGUUGGGGCUUCUACACUUACAUCAAAAACAGAAACAGAACUGUCGUCAUCUGUUGAGGUAUCUACAGAAUUAACAGGUGAAGCAAGCUCUGGAACUGUCACUGAAACUCAACAAUCCUCGACAUCUAACACUGAGAAAGAAACAAUUACUCCUUCGUCCAUGGUAACCACCACUGAUCUGUUGUUAAGUACAAAUACGUCACCUAGCACGGUUACACAAGAGGAUUCUAUACGUACAUCAGAAAGAGAAACAGGAGGGUCGUCAUCCGUUGAGGCGUCUACACAAUUGACAGAUGAAACAAGCUCUAGUACGGUCAUAAAUAAUCAACAGUCCUCGACGACCGCAACUGACAAAGAGACAGAUGCUCCUUCUUCGGUUAAACCAACCACCGAUCUGUUGAUAAGUACAAAUACGUCACCUGGCACUGUCACACAAGAGGCUUCUACACGUACAUCAGAAAGAGAAACAGGAGCGUCGUCAUCCGUUGAGGCGUCUACACAAUUGACAGAUGAAACAAGCUCUAGUUCGGUCACUGAAACUCAACAAUCCUCGACAUCUAACACUGAGAAAGAAACAGUUACUCCUUCGUCCAUGGAAACUACCACUGAUCUGUUAUUAAGUACAAAUACGUCACCUAGCACUGUUACAGAUGAGGCUUCUACACUUUCAUCAGAAACAGAAACAGUAGCGUCGUCAUCCGUUGAAGCGUCUACAGAAUCGACAGAUGGAACAAGCCCUGGAACUGUCACAGAGACACAACAAUCCUCAACGACUACAACUGACAAAGAAACAGUUACGCCUUCGUCGGUUAAACCUAACACUGAUCUGCUGUUAAGUACAAUUACAUCACCUAGCACUGUCACAGACGAGGCUUCUACACUUACAUCAGAAACAGAAACAGGAGCAUCGUCAUCCGUUGAGGUAUCUACAGAAUUAACAGGAGAAACAAGCUCUGGAACUGUCACUGAAACUCAACAAUCCUCGACAUCUAACACUGAGAAAGAAACAGUUACGCCUUCGUCGGUUAAACCAACCACUGAUCUAUUGAUAAGUACAAAUACGUCACCUAGCACUGUUACAGUUGAGGCUUCUACAUUUACAUCAAAAACAGAAACAGUAGCGUCGUCAUCUGUUGAGGUAUCUACAGAAUUAACAGGGGAAGCAAGCUCUGGAACUGUCACUGAAACUCAACAAUCCUCGACAUCUAAAACUGAGAAAGAAACAGUUACUCCUUCGUCCAUGGAAACCACCACUGAUCUGUUGUUAAGUACCAAUACGUCACCCAGCACGGUUACACAAGAGGAUUCUACACGUACAUCAGAAAGAGAAACAGGAGCGUCGUCAUCCGUUGAGGCGUCUACACAAUUGACAGAUGAAACAAGCUCUAAUACGGUCACAAAUAAUCAACAGUCCUCGACGACCGCAACUGACAAAGAGACAGAUGCUCCUUCAUCAGUUAAACCAACCACCGAUCUAUUGAUAAGUACAAAUACGUCACCUAGCACGGUUACAGAUGAGGCUUCUACACUUACAUCAGAAACAGAAACAGUAGCGUCGUCAUCCGUUGAGGUAUCUACAGAAUUAACAGGUGAAACAAGCUCUGGAACUGUCACUGAAACUCAACAAUCCUCGACAUCUGACACUGAGAAAGAAACAGUUACGCCUUCGUCGGUUAAACCUAACACUGAUCUGCUGUUAAGUACAAUUACAUCACCUAGCACUGUCACACACGAGGUUUCUACACUUACAUCAGAAACAGAAACAGGAGCGUCGUCAUCCGUUGAGGCGUCUACAGAAUUAACAGGUGAAACAAGCUCUAGUACGGUCACAAAUAAUCAACAGUCCUCGACGACCGCAACUGACAAAGAGACAGACGCUCCGUCUUCGGUUAAACCAACCACCGAUCUAUUGAUAAGUACAAAUACGUCACCUAGCACUGUUACAGUUGGGGCUUCUACACUUACAUCAAAAACAGAAACAGAACUGUCGUCAUCUGUUGAGGUAUCUACAGAAUUAACAGGUGAAGCAAGCUCUGGAACUGUCACUGAAACUCAACAAUCCUCGACAUCUAACACUGAGAAAGAAACAGUUACUCCUUCGUCCAUGGUAACCACCACUGAUCUGUUGUUAAGUACAAAUACGUCACCUAGCACGGUUACACAAGAGGAUUCUAUACGUACAUCAGAAAGAGAAACAGGCGGGUCGUCAUCCGUUGAGGCGUCUACACAAUUGACAGAUGAAACAAGCUCUAGUACGGUCAUAAAUAAUCAACAGUCCUCGACGACCGCAACUGACAAAGAGACAGAUGCUCCUUCUUCGGUUAAACCAACCACCGAUCUGUUGAUAAGUACAAAUACGUCACCUAGCACUGUCACACAAGAGGCUUCUACACGUACAUCAGAAAGAGAAACAGGAGCGUCGUCAUCCGUUGAGGCGUCUACACAAUUGACAGAUGAAACAAGCUCUAGUUCGGUCACUGAAACUCAACAAUCCUCGACAUCUAACACUGAGAAAGAAACAGUUACUCCUUCGUCCAUGGAAACUACCACUGAUCUGUUAUUAAGUACAAAUACGUCACCUAGCACUGUUACAGAUGAGGCUUCUACACUUUCAUCAGAAACAGAAACAGUAGCGUCGUCAUCCGUUGAAGCGUCUACAGAAUCGACAGAUGGAACAAGCUCUGGAACUGUCACAGAGACACAACAAUCCUCAACGACUACAACUGACAAAGAAACAGUUACGCCUUCGUCGGUUAAACCUAACACUGAUCUGCUGUUAAGUACAAUUACAUCACCUAGCACUGUCACAGACGAGGCUUCUACACUUACAUCAGAAACAGAAACAGGAGCAUCGUCAUCCGUUGAGGUAUCUACAGAAUUAACAGGUGAAACAAGCUCUGGAACUGUCACUGAAACUCAACAAUCCUCGACAUCUAACACUGAGAAAGAAACAGUUACUCCUUCGUCCAUGGAAACUACCACUGAUCUGUUAUUAAGUACAAAUACGUCACCUAGCACUGUUACAGAUGAGGCUUCUACACUUACAUCAGAAACAGAAACACUAGCGUCGUCAUCCGUUGAAACGUCUACAGAAUUAACAGAUGAAACUAACUCAAGAACUGUCAUUGAAACACAACAAUCCUCGACGACUACCACUGACCAAGAAAAAGUUACUCUUUCGUCCAUUGAUCCUACGACUGAUCUGUUGUUAAGUACGACUACAUCAUCUAGCACUAUCAUAGAUCAGGUUUCUACACUUACAUCAGAAACAGAAACAGGAGCGUCGUCAACCGUUGAGGCGUCUACAGAAUUAACAGGUGAAUCGAGCUCUGGAACUGUCACUGAAUCCCAUCAAUCUUCGACGACUACCACUAACAAAGAGACAGUUACUCCUUCGUCGGUUAAACCUACAACUGGUUUGCUGUUAAGUACUACUUCGUCACCUAGCACUGUCACAGAUGAGGCUUCUACUCUUAUAUCAGAAACAGAAACAGGAGCAUCGUCAUCCGUUGAAUCGUCUACAGAAUUAACAGAUGAAACAAUCACGGAUAUUCAACAGUCCUCGACGACUACAACUAACAAAGAGACAGUUGCUCCUUCAUCGGUUGAAGCAUCCACAGAUUUAUUGACAAAAUCUAGUACUCAUGAAAAUUCUGUGCUCUCUACAAGUACCCAGCACAAUGGAUCGGUUGGUCCUUCAUCGGUUGUACAAACAACAUAUUUUCCAACAGUAUCUAAUACCAUCCUUGUUACUUUUACUGCGGAACAGUCAACAAAUUCUCCUAUAUCUGUACCUUGGUCUACCUCCAUUAGUUCAUCGUCAGUACCUUCUAUAGGUACGAGUUCUGAGGUUGUUAGUGGAAGAACAGUGCUUUCUACACGUAUUCCUCCAACUGAAUUUGUCAAGCCCACAUCUGCUGAAUCUUCGACCGAUUUUAUUACUGAUACAUCUACUGAAAUUGUAUCUUCUUCUAUAGUAUCUUCUAGUAACUCUGUGAAACUUCCAUCUACUUCAGAAUCUCCUAUGGAUAAGACAGAAUGCAAAACUUCUGGCUUUUUCCCUAAUCCGAAUGAUUGCUCUAAGUUCUUUAGAUGUGUUAAAGUUAACCUUUUCAAUAUGUUUACUAGAUUCGAUUUCGUUUGUCCUGACGGAACUGUUUGGGAUCAAGCAUUGUUAACUUGCAAUUAUCCUUCAGCUGUAUUACAUUCCAAUUGUAAGAAUAGUGUAUUACAUCCAUCAGAUAUUGACGAUGAGCCUGAUAUGGCAGAAGGCAAUAACAUGUGUCCUAUUGGUAAAUUGUCUGGUGAUCAAAUCGCUCUUGUUUGUCCUACCAGUUUUCGAAGACAUCCUAAGUAUUGUAAUAUUUUCUAUCAAUGCACAUCUAAAAGUAAUUUGGACGUAAAUAUUGCCAUGUUUGCAUGCCCUGAUGGUAUGAUUUACGAUCAAGGUAAAGUGCAAUGUGUUUUCGCAGAUGUGCUUAAUUACCGUAUAUUAGGAUGUAAAAAUGUUCUUAUAAAUCCAAUGGAUAACCUAGUUCCUAUCUUGACCGUUCCGUCUAUACAACUGUGUCCAUCCGAAGGCUCGUUCCCGUAUCAUCCAGGUUGCUCAAAUGCAUACUUCAAAUGUAAACGCAAUCGAAAGGGUUCACUACUAGGCUAUCUCUAUAAAUGUCCUCUUGAAUACGUGUUCUCUCCUUUUUCAAAAAAAUGUGAACCAGCAGAACUUUUUCCACUUUGUUUAAAUCCUUAUCCGAAUAUGCAAAUGAAUGCAUCCUCUAAUGGUUUGCAUUUGACCCAUCAUAACAUCUUUUAUAAUUAACUUGAAUUUUUAUAAACUUAGAACAGUUUUACACUUACUAUCAUCAUUGACUAUAAUUUAUGUUUAUUGAUUGACAUAAAGCAAUAAUUUUUAUAAAAUUUAAGAAAUAUUGUUAAAAAUUAUUAAAAAUGAGUGGAUGUCCAGUGAUAUAAUAAAACUGAAAUUAUAGACGUAAUAAAUAUAAUAAUCUUAUAUAAAUCUACUUCCAACUGCUAAAUCAAAGGGAUGUCGUUCUCUUUUCAACGUCAACGUUACAAUUAGUAGAACGGCUGUUUAUAUGAAGAAUAACAAAAGUCAACAAGCUUUGAAUCUGCCUUGAGAUUUUAUCGCAUUAACAUCAUCACUGUUGUGGAACUUAAUAAAAAUGUGGUAAAUAAAUAGUCGUCUAUUUAUUUUCUAUGAUUAUUUUACAAUAAUAUUAUACUCGUUGU